UGCAGAUAUAUAGGGCAAUGAAUGGACUGAGAAUAUUUCUGGAGUUCAGUUUGUAGAAUUGCAAGCUCAAGAAUGGACAGAAAGAAAGGAAAAUACACGCUAGAUAUUGAACACUGCGAAAACUCGGCGGUGAAAGAAAAUUGCUGCCGUAAGCUGACUCUAUGGAAGAUCUUUUUGGUUUGUUUCUUAGCCUGUCUGAUAACAACAACAAUUGGAGUACUCAUAAUAACCCUGCUACCCGGAGGAAGCCCGACACCUGGGCCCCCCCCUACUUCGCAGUCUACAACAAGCACCAGUCCAACGGAACCAGCAACCACCACUUCACCCGGACCUACAACCUCCACUACUUGGCAGCCUACAACGAGCACCCGUUCAACGGAACCUGCAACCACCACUUCACCCGGACCUACAACCUCCACUACUUGGCAGCCUACAACGAGCACCAGUUCAACAGAACCCGCAACCACCACUUCACCCGGACCUACAACCUCCGCUACUUGGCAGCCUACAACGAGCACCAGUUCAGCGGAACCCGCAACCACCACUUCACCCGGACCUACAAUCUCCGCUACUUGGCAGCCUACAACGAGCACCAGUUCAGCGGAACCGGAAACCAUCACUUCACCCGGACCUACAACCUCCGCUACUUGGCAGCCUACAACGAGCACCAGUUCAGCGGAACCGGAAACCAUCACUUCACCCGGACCUACAACCUCCGCUACUUGGCAGCCUACAACGAGCACCAGUUCAGCGGAACCGGAAACCAUCACUUCACCCGGACCUACAAUCUCCGCUACUUGGCAGCCUACAACGAGCACCAGUUCAACAGAACCCGCAACCACCACUUCACCCGGACCUACAAUCUCCGCCACUUGGCAGCCUACAACGAGCACCAGUUCAACAGAACCCGCAACCACCACUUCACCUGGACCUACAACCUCCGCUACUUGGCAGCCUACAACGAGCACCAGUUCAACAGAACCCGCAACCACCACUUCACCCGGACCUACAAUCUCCACCACUUCAAAUUAGCUUACAACCACAGCAGCUACCUCCACAGAUUCAAGUGAAACCCCAGCUCCAGCUCUCCAGCAGAAGACUAAGAUCACCGCUUCCUGCAUCGAUGACCACGACCACUCCCACUGAAGCCACAACUGCUGCUGCUCCCUCUUAGCUUAUGAAAGCAGCGGGCAGCACUCUCCCUCAGCCCUGGGUAAUCUCCACCUGCUCAUCUGAGCCUGCAACUGCAGUGCCACCGUUCUCACUUGAAUCUAGUGGGACUGCCACCAGCCCUCAGAACGUUCUGUGGCAGGUUAACCUUUCGUAUUUUCCACCACAAAUUAACCUACACCCGUCUCCCCUCACUGGCUCUUUCCUCACACUCUAGCUCCCUCUUCAAGAGCUGACUCUAUGUCCACUACCAUUGCUGCAUUAUACCUAUAGCAGCUACCAUGAGGCCAAUUGAAGAAGAGAAACUUAGCCAGUGAAUAAGGGAAGAAUUAUCUUCAUUUUCACCACACCAACACUUAGGACUUCCAAACCUAUUAAAA